AUGUUUGCAUUUCCUUUUGCUCUUUUUCUCUCUCUACUUCCUGUUGUCGCUAAUAUAUUUGGUUAUGAUGAACGUCUUGGUGGUUGUUGGUAUCGUGGUUCUGGUCAACAUUCUAUUUUCAUAUGGGAAUGGGUUACUUUUUACGGUUGGAUAUAUGCAUCUAUAUUGUAUUGUGCGAUCGUUAUUAUUAUGGUCAUUGUGAAACUCCACUUAGUAGCAAAACAAAUCGAUACUUUUGAUUUUUCUUCGACUUCUCGGUCAUCUAGUCAUCCCCCCUUAAUUAAUAAGGCUAUGAUUUCAUCUGUUGUCAGAAGAGUCAUUUGGUAUCCUGUGUUGCCGUUAGCUCAAAUUUUUGGCGGUAUCAAUGAUACUUGCUAUUAUGUUAAUUCUUAUGUCCCUUACCCACUUAAGUUCAUUUGCGCUAUUUGCUUAUCACUUCAAGGAUUCUUGAAUGCUUUAGUAUUUGCACAAGAUAUUGCAGUUACUCGUACUUUCCAGGCUAUUAAACUACAAUGGUGGAUCUCCAUCGUUAACUCUUAUGAGUCUCAUUAUCCUCAUAAAUCUUACAACAAAGCCAUUGCACUAGUAAAAUCAAAUGAUCUAAAUUACAAUAAUGCUGAUAUCAUUAAAAGCGAUAUGAUUAAUGACGAUUGGUUAAGAUACAUGCUAUUAAUUAAACUUUUCUCUCCUCCAAAAAUUCGACCUCGAGAAAUUUUAUCUGAUCAUUUAUCAUCGAUUAAUCCCUUUGGUGACAAUGAGCCUUCUGUUCUUGUUGAUGAAGGUCAAGGUAUUAAACCUGUUCAUUUAAAAGAUUCUCACCAACAUUCCUCAUCAUCUUAUUAUUUUAAAUCCGUCAAUUCAUCUGAACCAUUAAUAGGUAGUUCUAUUGAACCAACAAAAAGAAUAUCAAGAAUAUCCGAAGAAAUUGAAACAACGUUAGAAAGACUUUAA